UGACGACGACGGCGAAGCAAAAGUGACAGCUCGCGUUUUUUCGAAGUUGUGAGCCCGCUCCAGGAGAGCACCGAGCUCCGCAGUCAGACAUCGCGUGUGUGACAGCUCGUACAUCAACAUAGAGUGGCAAGCAAGACAGAGAGCAAUAGACGGGAGUAAAACAGAGAGGGGGCUGGAGAUUAUUGUGCAAAAAAAAAACGCAGGCAACAAGAAGAAAGUUUCGGUUUGCGUGAAAAUCUGCGCCUUUAAAGAUUUUGGAGUCUCGAUUCUGCCGGACAAUCUGCCCGCGGAACGGCCGAGCGGUAGACCGCGGUGUCCGGGGAUCAGGAAGAAUUCGUUCCUCGCGCGUGUGUGUUUGUGAGUGCGCGGAUGUGUGUGCCAGGGGAAAGAAGGUUCCAGUGGGUUCAAUAAUCAAAAUAAAUUGUGUGUUUUUAUAGCAUUUUAUUGCGGAGUUUUGGGCGAGAGGGAAAAGGGGGCCACAAACCUCGCAAUAAAAGUGAUAUUUGCAAUCAAGAGGAAGAGGGUUUUCAACGAGAAUCGAACCCUAGAAGUGAAGCAAAUCAGCGAAGACGACGUGUGCAGCAUAGUAAUAAACACGAAGAAGAAGAAGUAAAGUGUGCUGAAAGGAAGGAACCGCAAGAGAAGUGAGGGAGUGGGGGUCGAGUGAUAUCAAAGACUCUUCAAGGAGGACGAGGUUUUGUGUCGAUUGUCCAGAAGCCGAACAUCGUGCCGCUGUCUCGUCAUCAUCGUCUUCAUCAACAACAACUGAGGAUUGACAUUCAAGUUGUGCGAAGAUGCGGUUACCGCGCCACUAAAAAGGUUGCUUAACUGCGUCGCGCAGUCGACACAUCUACAGAGAAGACUACUACUCCCAACAGAGAGAAACGCCGCGUAACUCAUCAUGCCGCUGCCGAAGCGCCUCGUCCAGCCGGUGUACGUGGCCCGGUCCGUGUACGUCCGGGAGGAGCUUCCGGCCGAGCUGGAGACGGUCACCAACACGACGCUGACGAACAUCGUGCGGCAGUUGUCGUCGCUGUCGAAGCACGCCGAAGAUCUGUUCGGGGAGCUGACGCGAGACGCCGGCAAUCUGGCCGAACGGGCCAACUCGCUGCAAGCCCGAAUCGACCGGCUCGCCAUCAAGGUGACGCAGCUGGACAGUACAGUGGAGGAGGUCUCGCUGCAGGACAUUCAGUUGAAGAAGGCGUUCAAAAGUGCCACCAUGUUCGACCAGCAGAUCUUCUCGCGGGCCACGAUGCCGACGGCGAUGCUGGAGGUGUAUCAGGCCUGCGACAAGCCGCCCCCGCUGGACAAGCUCAACUGCUACCGGGACGACGGCAAGGACGGGCUCAAGUUCUACACCGACCCGAACUACUUCUUCGAGCUGUGGCGACAGGAGAUGCUGAAGGACACCGAGCGGGUGAUGCACGACCGCGGCAAGAAGGUGCACAAGCCGCGCGACGGCGCCGGCGGCGUCGAGGGCGGAGGACGCCAGAAGAAGCGACCGCGGGCACCGCACAAUACGCGCGAAAAGCAACGCCAGCGGGCGAUCGGCCACGGCGAAACGCUCAUGCCGAACAACGUGAUCUACCGAACGCCAAAUGCGAUCGCGCAAGCCAACGAGGAAGCCAUCUACAACAGCACCAUGGGCGGCAACAUCAUCUACGACUCGCGGAACUCGAUGGCGGCCCGGCCAAACUCGAUCGAACUGCGACGAAGUUACCAACCGGAAACGCAGGUCGACGGCGGAGGUUACGCCCCGCCCUCGCCCCACUACCACCAGCAGCAAAUGAUGCAGGGCGCCAACAGCUACCAGCAACAGCAGCAGCAGCAACAACCAAUCUACGACGAGUACAACGGCCAGCCCAUGUACGGUACCGCCAACUCGAGCCAAAUGUCCCAGGAAAGCCUGUACGCCCCUGGCACCCCAUCCCGGUCGAAAUCGCGACCAUCGCAGCCUCCGCCGGCGCCUCCCUCAACGGGAAGCGGCGGAGGCACGCCAAACGCAUCGAACGCCAACACUCCCACCCGUGGCCGAAGUAUGUCGACGGGUCGGGACAAUCUGCCACCGCCGCCACCCAUACCCGAGGGCAUGCAGUCACCGCCGCACCUCCCGAACGGUGGCGUCGCCGCAAAGCUCCUGAUCAACCGAAGCAACUCGCGGUCCGGAUCGCCCCAGCUCGGGGCCAACGGGCAGCCGGCACUGCCCCAACUGCCGCCCCAGCACCAGCAGCAGCAGCAGCCCGUCAUCGACCAGAACCAAAUCGCGCUGGCCCAGCUCAACCAGCAGAUCAACAAUCUGAACAACCUCAACUUGCAGCUGAACCAGAUCUCGAUGAAUGACCUGCCCCCGCCGCCGCCGAUCCCAGAACAGCUAUCACCGAAGCAGUCCCCGCCGAACGUGGCCCCACCGCCACCUCCGCCGCCACCCCCACUGCUGGACGGUCCGCUGAGCCCCUCGAAACCUCCGCUGGCGAACGGCGAUGUCAUGAGCGGCGGCAUGCCCAACGGUAACCUCAUCAUGGGCCAGAUGCACCAGCUGAAGAAGAUCCCGCCGCAGGAGAAGAUCGCGUACGAGGACCCGCGGUCCGACCUGAUGAAGGCCAUCCGCGAUGGAAUCAAGCUGCGCAAAGUGGAGCAGCGGAACGACGCCAAGGAGAAUGACCGCACGAUCGAGCGGUUGCACGACGUGGCCUCGAUUCUGGCGCGGCGCGUCGCCAUCGAGCUGAGCGAGUCGUCCGACUCGGAGAGCGACGACGACAGCGAGGGCUGGAUGGAGAACGAAACGUCCGCAUGACAGCACGAGGGGGCCGCCGCCGGGGCAAGUGCCGGUGGCGCCACGAUCGUGGCCGGUGGCGGCAAGAAGAAGUAAGCGGCGCGUGGUAGAGCACAGUGUAAACGAUAAGAAAGUCACGGCGAAGGCGCGCGAUAAGGGUCUCCUGCUAAUGGGGAGGGAGGUAGGAAGGUUAUCCAAGUUUUGUAACCAUUUUCAGUUCGCGAAACUUUCGGCAAACGCGAAUAGAGCUGUGCACAAAAAAAGGGAAAACCGAAAGUAAGUUUGGUUUGGAAAACACGAUGAGGUGAAAUCGUACCGUGGAACGGGGGUGAUAUUUGGGGGGAAAACGAACAGAAGAGAUGUGUAUUUUUAUUGUAAUUACUAAGUUAUUUAUUUACAUAAAAGGGCGUAACCGGGAAAACGCAACCGAACGAAAUAGAAAAGUGAGUUACGAAAAAAAAGAAAAAGAUUUAUUUUUACCUUUGAAUGUUUAUUUUGUACAGUUUUCGUUUUCAACUCUUCUUUAGGUUAGUCAGGUGUAAAGUACGCGCGAGAAGGUAAAUAAAGUUGGCGAGAAAGCGAGUGAAAAGAAUCAAAACUAUUGCAAAGCUGCCAACAACAGCAAAGCAGUAGCGUUGUGUUAGUUGAACUUUGGAAGUACAUUUUCGUGAAUUUUUUUAAGCGGAAUCUACUCCCCAUAGAGAGCAGCUGAGUAGUUGCAUCACAAAGCACUAGAGUUAAACUUGUUGCUGCGUGGCUUAUUUUCAAAGUUGCCCAUAAUAAAACGUACAAGGUUGUUGUGAGUUGAAGGUAUUAUCAGUAUCCGUAGUCUUGAUUAUCUUAAUUUUCGAAAAUUCGAAACUUACAUCUUUCCAAUAUUCUCAGACUACUGAAUCAAAAAACUUUUGUUUUCAGGGGAAAUCACUUUCAAACGUCUUUUUCUUGGGUUUGCAAAUAUUGUUGCAAAACUCGAUUUUUUUUUUCAGCACUCGACACAUUUAUCAUUCUCGGUAAUUUUCGUUGAAGUACAUGCAAGACUUGUGGGGCGAAUUGAAACAGCCGUUUUGACCAUGUUUUUGCACAAUAUUUUUAAUUUUGAGUGGUUUCGGCAAGAAGAGAUACAGAACAACAAAAUUACUGCAUCAAUUUCCAAAUUUAAAGCAUAUAGAUUCUCUAGAAACUGCUGUCUCUUUUCGGACUGUAGGUCCAACUCUCGCCAGUUGAUUGUACAAUUUUUGGAUUUUUUAUUUGCCCCGUAUAAGACAAAUGCGAGUGGUCGAAAAACGGCUUUAUUCACAACUGGUGCUUAGGACCUUUUGAAUGCUAACCCGAGAAUUUUCCGAGGACUUCGGACAAUCGAGUAAUUUGGAAUGGGUUAAAUAUAUUUUUAAAACUUUUUUAGUAUAGUUGUCUUUUUCAUAGCAUAGAAUCAUUGCAUACGCAGUUAAAACAAUAUGACUCAACAGAAAGACAGUUUAAAAAAAUCAAAAAAAAAUUAUGGCCUUGAGACAUCGUUGAAAUUUAAACCUAAGUUGUAACAUCUAAUGGCAGUGUUGCCAUGUUUUAACACAUUAUGACUCAACAAUCUUUUACAUAACUAUCCAUGGAAGUUCAAUCAGUUGAUUUCGCAAGGCAUUUUCAUGCAAUUUUUAAACAUUUUUUCGGAAAUGUUUUAAACGUAAACAUUUCAUGUAAGUCGCAAAAUCUAUUGACAGUGUUGCCAGAUAGUCAAACUUUAAGAAUCAUCGAAAAAAUUUUUUUUUUCAAAUUUCUAUCCAACGAAACAAGUGCUCCGCAGAAGCAGAGUAAAUGUGCCCAGCUUUUCAGCUCAGUUAAACAAAAACGACAGAGGUUGUUAGGCCACAUGCCGAUUUGGUUUGAACGGAAUUUCAAGUAAAAUGUCCUUGUGUUUAGUCAUUUCACCUUUCAAAUCAAAGCAUUAUUUAAAAGUAUUAUUUUUCGAUACAAAUAUGAAAAGUUCAACAUUUCAGUGCUGAAAAGUAGAACUUUUUAGACCUUGUAUCGAAAAGUAGCACUUUUCAGUACAGUUAUUGUUGGCGAU